GGAUGGACUACUAUUGCGAACCAAGUCUGAAGAUAUGAUAUCCCAGCUUCACACCAAUCUUUUGGGAACUAUGUUGACAUGUAAAGCUGCUGUAAAGAGUAUGAUUCAACAGAAGGGUGGUGCUAUUGUUAAUGUUGGAAGUAUUGUUGGAUUAAAAGGCAAUGCAGGGCAAAGUGCAUAUAGCGCUAGCAAAGCAGGAUUAGUUGGAUUUUCACGCUCUUUUGCUAAAGAAGUAGCACCAAAGAACAUUCAAGUCAACAUGGUUGCUCCAGGCUUCAUUCAUACAGAUAUGACAGCCCACUUGAAAGAAGAAGAGUUGAAAAAAACAAUUCCUCUUGGAAGAUUUGGGGAGCCACAGGAAGUUGCCCAAAGUAUUGCAUUCCUUUUAGAAACUCCUUAUGUAACAGGCCUUGUUUUGGUUGUAGAUGGAGGCUUGCAGCUUCUGAUUUAAACACUAUGAAUUGUACAUGAAAAAGUUAUUCAGUAACUCUAAAAAUCCCCAAAGAGAUCUAAGCAAUAUCCUUGUUAUUAUAUUUUAGCUCAAAUUAAAAGAAAGGAAACAUAACAAGGUUCCAUUUUAGUUGUGUUUGAAAAUAUAAGAGGGGAUUAAAAUAAAUAUAUCCUAAAAUCUA